GUUUCUGGGCGGUGCCAAGAUGGACGCUUUACGAGCUCGGGAGCAGCUCCGGCGGCGAUACCUCUUUCCCCCGGACGCGGAGGUUCCGCUGGAUCGCGACAACUACCCCAGGCCGGAAACCUCUUCAGCUGUUGAGAAAAAGGAGAAACCUCUUCCAAGACUCAAUAUCCAUUCUGGAUUCUGGAUUUUGGCGUGCAUUGUUGUGACCUACUAUGUUGAUUUCUUUAAAACCGUUAAAGAAAACUUUCACACCAGUAGCUGGUUCCUCUUUGGCGGUGCCUUGUUACUUGUUAGCUUAUCAAUUGCAUUCUACUGCAUAUUCUAUCUGGAGUGGUAUCGAGGAAUCGAAGAUUAUGAUAUCAAAUAUCCAACGUUGAUACCUGUGACAACUGCUACUUUUAUUGUAGCAGGAAUUUGCUUCAAUGCUGCCCUCUGGCACGUGUGGUCGUUUUUCACCCCACUGCUGCUCUUUACCCAGUUUAUGGGGGUUGUGAUGCUGAUCUCACUCCUCGGAUGAUUGCUGAAGAGAGAGCACUCAGUCUCCAUGCCUAGGGACAUGACGAACAAGACAGACGGCUCCUUCCUCCAUGCUGCGGACAUUAGAACUCGGAGGAAAUUACUCCCUAUGUCAGUUCACAUGGGUGAAAACCGAGGCCUCGGGAAGUCAAAGUGAAAACACUCAAUUACUGGGGAGCAAAAGAAAACUCACAUUUCAGCCCACGGACAGCAUAGUCUGCCUUUGGCGUUUAAAGGAAAGUCCCUGUACCCCGGCGAAGAAGCGGAGUGAGCUCACCGUUGCCAGUCUGACAGCAGAGCCAGCACCCACAUGCUGGUGUGUGGGGUCAGGCCCGCCUGCUGUUCCACAUCUGGGACCGUUUGGGACCCUCACAGCCCACCCUCGGUUCCUGUUGACACGUGCCCCUGAGAACGUCCCCUCACCUGACCCUGUCACCUUUAAAUCUUUGGCUGCUCGGUAUUGAGUUUGCACAUGUGUUCAGGAGCUUUCGACUUACUGCCGACGUCGGUUUAUAAUUGCUAACCGAGAGCCAGGUAGCAUCGUGGGCAUGUGGGUUGAGCUGUGCAUGUUCGUAUUAAAUCCAAUGGUUUAAGGUAGACUGUCUCCCUUGGGUUCUCUUUCAGGACUAAGGGCCUAUCAGUUGAAAGUGAGUGACUACUGUCCUGCGAGCUGAAAGUACCACACAGAAUGGAAACGCUACAGUGUGUUUUUGCGUCUAUGAAAUGAGUGGGUUCCUUGGAAAAAAAUGGAACUUUUAUAGCUCGGUGGUUGAAAUCAGAAUAAAUUAUAUUUCAUUUGCCUGUUGCUGAACUCAAGUGAUUAUUGAAAUUUUCAGAUUCAAAACAGAAGACAGAAAUAACUAAUUUACAGUGUUAAUCUGUUUGGAUCAUUGGAGAAACUAUUGGUGUAAGAAUGUAAAGAAAUUUUCAUUAUGGUUGCAUAGUGUCUGCCCAGUAUUGUAGAGAAAUUGUUCACUCUGUCAUUUAUGAGAUAGCAGUUCCUUGUGUAAGAUGACCAGGCGUGUAUAUAGAGGGGUGAUGGUGUCAUGUGCCUUUAACCAAGCCUCAGCAAUGACGAUAUGAUUUCAUUUUUAUAGUAGUUUUAUUAGGAGGACCAAUUGAAAGGAUUUUGUGUUUUCCCAUCACUUGAGAUUUUAUCACUGUGUGCAUUAUUGGGUUUUUAGCAUUUGUUUAACAUAUGAACUUUUAAUCAUUGUAAGUAUGUGUAAUUUUUUCUUAAUAUUUAAAUAAAGUAUUUUUUAUAACUUU